AUGGCAAGGAGAGAGAAUACGCCGGUGAAGGUGAAGAUAAUUGUGACGAGGUUCGUGGAGACGGAGGAGACGCAGUUCAAGGCGGUGGUGCAGAGCCUGACAGGGAAGAACUCGAAUGUUGCGGCGCCGCCGAGGGUGUGCCAGCCAACCGCCGUCAAGAGCAGCGGUAGGCGACCGGCGGGUGCCGGUGGCCAGCAGUCCGUCCCCACGGCGGCACCCAGUCUGGAGGAUCUCGACUGGGUGCUCCGGGGCCUCCCUUCUCCGGCGGAGCUCAGCAAACUCUGGGUCGAUUGA